CGCCCGCGUGCGUGAUGACGUCAGCGGGGCUAGAGGAGGGCGCGCUCCCCCGCUUCUGACGCACUCCGCGUCCCCGCUCCGCCGCCUGCAGCCGCCGCCUCCUGCUCCUCUUCUCUGCUUCUCGCCGUCGUCGUGUUCCCCGAACUAGUUGAGACACCAUGGCAUCCACCAAGGGAAAGCUGAUCCACGAGAUGGUGCCCAGCAAGGAGAGGGAUCCUCCCCACAGCAAGGUGACCAUCGUUGGUGUCGGCCAAGUCGGCAUGGCAGCUGCCAUCAGCGUCUUGCUCAGGGACCUGGCGGACGAGCUGGCCCUUGUGGAUGUGGUCGAAGACCGCCUCAAGGGAGAGAUGAUGGAUCUGCUGCACGGGAGCCUCUUCCUCAAGACGGCAAAGAUUGUGGCUGACAAGGAUUACUCGGUGACGGCCGGCUCCCGUCUCGUGGUCGUGACCGCGGGUGCGCGUCAGCAGGAGGGCGAGAGCCGCCUCAACCUCGUGCAGCGCAACGUCAACAUCUUCAAGUUCAUCAUCCCCAACAUCGUCAAGUACAGCCCCAACUGUAUCCUCCUUGUCGUCUCCAACCCCGUGGACAUCUUGACCUACGUGGCAUGGAAGCUGAGCGGGCUGCCCAAACAUCGCGUCAUCGGCAGUGGCUGCAAUCUGGAUUCUGCUCGCUUCCGCUACCUGAUGAGCGAGCGCCUGGGCGUCAACUCCGCCAGCUGCCACGGCUGGAUCAUCGGCGAGCACGGUGACUCCAGCGUGCCUGUUUGGAGUGGCGUGAACGUGGCCGGGGUUGGCCUGCAGUCCCUGAACCCUGACAUCGGCACGCCGAAGGAUGGUGAGGACUGGAAGUCUGUGCACAAGCAGCAUAUUGACCACUUAUGACGGUUUUUUAGUGCCUACGAGGUCAUCAAGCUGAAGGGCUACACCUCCUGGGCCAUUGGCCUGAGCGUGGCCGACCUUGCAGAGUCGAUCCUGAAGAAUCUGCGCCGUGUGCACCCCGUCUCCACGCAUUGCAAGGGUCAGCACGGAGUCCAUGAUGAUGUUUUCCUCAGCCUGCCCUGUGUGCUUGGCUCCGAGGGCAUCACUGACAUCAUCAACCAGACCCUGAAGAAAGAAGAGGAGGCUCAGGUUCAGAAGAGUGCAGAGACCCUCUGGAAUGUGCAGAAAGAGCUCACCUUCUAAAACGGGAGUCGCAAACUCGACGUUCUGUAAUGUUGAGCGUCGGGCAUUUGAAUCUAGAAAGGAAACAUUUCUGGCUUUGGCACUGCUAGGCAUAUAUACUUCCCUAAGCCUAAGUGAGCACAGCUUUGCACAUUGUGUGUUAGGCUUCCAGUGUAAUCGUUUGUCACCACAAACCUUUUGAAUGUUGAUGUGUGUACCUUGUGUGCCCUUGUAACAGCAGAAGUAGUGACACAAAAGUUAAAUGUCUGAACAUUUUCAAUAACUUUAUUUGAGUGCUGUACUGGAGAACAAAGUUUGCAUCAAUGUUCUAGACCUUGCCGUUCUCACGCCAACGUAAAUAGUUAUCCAAUUAACAGAAUCGAUCACCAAUUUGCAAUGAACUUUGGUCCAUUUAUCAAUGGCUGUGCAUAUUUUUUAAACCUACUCAUGUUUGUCAAUGUGUCCAAUGUGAUAAGCUUAACAUCGUAAUAAAUAAAUACAUGUGAUCAACAUUUUGAAAUAGUAAUUAAAUGUGAUUGGUCAGUAUAUUUCACGCAUUCAGUGUUUGCAAUACCACUGGUUGAGCAUGUGCACUUGUUAUCAUGUGUUUGUGCAGUCUUUUGAGUACAUCUGACUAAUGCUCUCCACUGGCUGUGCUUUGCUCUGUGUAACUACAUGCAACACAAAGUUAUAAGUACUGUUAACUGUGCUAGACGUAUGUGGUGGAAAAUGCCCACACGUUUUGAAACAUAAGGCUGAACCCAAGGACGUAAUCUGCAUUGCUGUACCCUUUGCAAGAAAUGGAAUAUCUGAGCGCGUCUGUGUCAUUAAACUAGUUAAAAACCA